GCGGACGUCGCGGCCCCAGGAGCGGCGGGCGGAGACGGCGGGGCCGGGCGCGCCAUGCGGCGGCGGCUGCAGCGGCUGAGCCUGCCGCCUUGUCCCCCCCCGCAGGCCAAGAUCGCCGGCAUGAUGGAGGGGAACCAGCAGCUGGCGCUGCGCAUCGACGGAGCGCUCCAGGCGGCCGGGCAGGAGGUGAGCGCCCUGCGAGCCGAGCUGGGCGCCGCCAGCCGCAGACUGGCCGAGCUCAGCGCCGACGGGCCCCCAGGCGCCGCCGAGAUGGCCGCGGGCGGAGGCGGCCCGGACCCCGCGCAGCCCAGCCUGCAAGACCUGCAAUCCGGCCGGGGGCUCCGCUCGCGGGCUGCUCGGCCCGGCGCCCUUCCGGCCGGCCGCGGGAUCGCUGCUCGGCCUGUCUCCCGGGCGGAGCCGGAGAAGCGCUGCCUCUUGCGGCUCUUCCUCGCUAACCUGGCCGUGGGCCGAGAGACUCGGUGGCGGGGGCGCGCUGGCUCCUCCGGGCUGGGGCUGACCACUCCCCUGCUGCCCUCUCCUCCUGUGCAGGCCAAGCAGUCCUUGGCCACCCUGACCAAGGACGUCCCCAAGCGGCACUCGCUGGCCAUGCCGGGCGAGACGUUGCUCAACGGGAACCAGGAGUGGGUGAUGCAGGCCGACCUGCCCCUCACGGCCGCCAUCCGGCAGAGCCAACAGACCCUCUACCACGCCCACCCACAGCACACGGUGGACCGGCAAGGGGUCCGGGUCAGCCCAUGCCACUCGCGGCAGCCGUCCAUCAUCUCCGAUGCUUCGGCAGCCGAAGGGGACCGGUCGUCCACACCGAGUGACAUCAACUCGCCUCGGCACCGAACUCAUUCCCUCUGCAAUGGAGAUAGUCCUGGACCGGUACAGAAAAAUCUGCACAACCCAAUUGUCCAGUCUCUAGAGGACCUGGAAGACCAGAAGCGGAAGAAGAAGAAGGAGAAGAUGGGCUUCGGCUCCAUCUCGCGGGUCUUCGCCCGAGGGAAGCAGCGCAAGUCCCUGGACCCCGGUGUCUUCGACGGGGCGGCCCCCGACUACUACAUAGAGGAAGAUGCAGACUGGUGACCGGCCGCCCCCCCUCCCGCUCCCGGUGCGCGUGUGAGUGUGUGUCGGGGGGGUGAGCCUCCAGUUGCGCCAAGGCCCCGAACCUGGCUGCUCCCACGUGGCCCUCCUGUGGCUCCUGUACAUAGCCCCCCCCCACUCCUGUGUACGAACCCCUUAACUGUCGUCUGUUGAGCGAUGCUGCCCGUGUUGUGUAGGCCUCCCUGGUCCUCCUGGGAGUGUUUGGUUGAUUUCCUUCCUCCUCCUCUUCCUCCUCUCCCACCAGUUUUUGUUUUCUAUUCUCUGCCCUUCCCCCCCCCCUUUCUUUCUACAAAACUUGAAAAACUUGAAGGACUGCUGCGCAUUUGUAAAUAGCCGCCACCACCAUGGUGCAUUUUGUGCUUUGUAAAUGUCUCCUGCUCCCCCCCCCAACCCCCCCCGCCCCCCAGAACCCCCUCUUCCCUUCCGGGGGGGGGGGGGCAGCUGGUGUUUCCUGGGCUUUCUGGGCGGGGCAGCUGUGGACACAUUGCCCUCAAUUGGGGGACAGCCUUGGGUAGCCUUCCCAAUUCUACUACACAACCUCCGGUUGAGAAAAGGACCCCAUGCUCCGAGGUCUCCGGUGUCUCCAGCAUCUGGAGAACAGCAGCCCCCCCUCCCCCCCGCUGGCUCUGGGGCCGCCGACAGGGUCCCUCCGUCCGGCUCUCUCACCUCCGGUGCCCCCUUGGCAGUGCCCGAGAGGGAAGAGCUGCCAGCCGUGGUUUGCACCCUCCGCCUAAGGAGAGCUGUGUCCUUCCCACCUUUUCCCUUUUCCCUGCUGAGGUGGCCGUGGGGCCUCCGUGGGGCUGCCUGGCGAUGCCGGUGCUGCCGGCCUCCUCAGGGUCCUGCUUUUCAUUCUCUCCCAAAAGUCCCUCUGAACUCGGGCCCACUUCCCAGCCCCUCCUCUUGUCCGCCAUUCUGAUGCCCUUUUCCCUCUUUCAGGCUCUUGGGAACAAACCCGCCGGAGUUCCUUGGGCCUCCUUCGUGGCCGGAGGGCAGAGCCGGAUGGGCUCUUGGCCGGCCCCUUUUGGGCUCUCUGUGCCAGGCAAACUGCCCCCUUGUGCCAAGCCAGGUGCAGCUGUUACACACACCUGGGGAGGAAGCAACCUAGAACUACGGAGAGAUUUCCUGACAGUUAGAACAGUUCAUCAGUGGAACGGCUUCCCUCCAGAAGUUGCAGGUUUUAAAGAAGAGAUGGGACAAUCAUUUGUCUGAAGUGGCUUAGGGCCUCCUGCUUGACCUCCCAGGUCCCUUCCAACUCUGUUAGUUAUUCUGUUAGUAGAGGAAGUGAAGCUUCUGGGGUCAACCCAGAGCCUUAACAGGUGUGUGUGUGUGUGUGUGUGACACAAAAUAGGAUGUUCCCAUUUGGGCCAGGGUGCUUUGAAGGGCCUCCUAAAUGUCUCAGUGCCAAAUUCUUGGUGUGUGUGUGUGUGUGAUUGUGUGUGAUCCAGAGGGUCCACCUUCCUUAGAUGGUCUAAAUGCAUUUUCUCAUCCUUCGCCUUAUGGGAAACCCGGGGCUUUUUCUCAGGAGGGGGGCGGGAGAGAAGCGUCUGGGGGGGCGGGGGGGGGGUCCUCUGCACGUCCUUCAGAACAGGCAUGGCAGCUUCCCAGCCAGAAAAUCCCAGGGAAGCCUCCGUGGCUUUGGGGGACAGGGAAGGGGCAAAAAUCCCACGUGUGGAUGGGAGACUGAAGGCCAGCAGACACACAAGUUCACAAACUCUCCCCACCACACACACACACACACACCCUAGCAUCUCCCAUCUCCCAGAAAAAACAGGCUUGACUUCCCCAGCUCAGUGCGGGAAGAAUGUGAAACGGGAGGAGCCUUUUCAGGCAGGUGUUUGGAAAAGGAAGAAGUGGUCAAAGGUGUGCAAGGACACAACUCUUCCAGGGCUGUGCACACACACACACACACACACACACGCCCAGGGUGCCCCCAAAAGUUUGCCCCUGGGACGUGGCUGAACCUCUUCAGGCCAAACUGGGGUGGCUGCUGUUGCUCCCUCUCUCUCCUUCUCCCUCUCUCUCUCUCUCCCUCUCGUUCGUUUUUAAUGCAUACUCAUUUUAAUUCCUUUAUCCUUUUUUUCUCAUUUUCCUCUUUUCCCCAUUGUUUAAUUUUAAUUUAUUUGCACAAUGCAGAAGAUGUAUUCUAACUAAAUUAUUACGUAAAUAUUGGAAUUUAUAUUUUUCCACAUCGGGUGGGGAUUUUAUGAAUGGGUGGGGGGUUUUCUUUCUUUCUUUUUGCUUUUGGCUUUGUUGUGCACAUGAAGGCUCCACAGAGCGAAUCGCAGAGUGAUGGUUCUGUGCCGAGAGAACGAAUCUGAUUCAAUCGUUUUUCCUCUCCCGCCUCCCCCUCCCCCCGCCCUCCCCGACCCUGGGGAAAAGGGGCCUCCGGAUUUGCUAGGCACCCCCCACCUCCCCAUCCCACACACAGGGAGAUGUCAGUGCUGCCACAGGGACCCAGGCCUGGCAGGGAGGCGGGCGCCGGCCUGGGCAGUGGCCUUGCCCCUCCUCCGUCUCUCCCCUCUAACCUGGCCAGAGAGCACCCUGCCCUCCCCCCACCCCCCUUCGUCCCCUUAGCUUGCCCAUUGUCCAGGCUAAGGAGAGCCCACCUGCCACAGGACGGGAUGUCUGUCAGAGGAUCCGGUCCUGCCCACGUUUCAAAGUCCCAGCACAGAAGGUAGGUUGCAGCUCUGCAGACACACGCACGCACACACACACACUUUGCUGUGCCUUGUGUGCUGGGCUUCGGAGCCGGGCUGUGCCCACAGCAGAGACUGAGGCUGGGGCAGAUUUGGUGGUGUCCCCUUUGCUGUUUUUUUAAAUGAUGGGCAUCUUCUUGACGAGCCUUAAGGGAGAUGUGGGGGCUUGCCUCUGCAUGGCCCCCCUCCCAAAAGUGACCGAGAGGCUCUUGGUCAGCAUUAGCACUUAGGAGAGGAAGGGGCUUCCCUUUUCCCUGGCAGGUGGGUGCCGUAGCUGUGAGGAGGAAGGUCAAAGGUCCAGCCUGGCCAGGGGAGAUUGGGGGGGGCUCAUUCUGGAGAGAAGCAUCGACUGAGUUGGCCGCGGAUGGGGAUCUGGGUGAGGGGACAGCCGCCUUCCGGUGCCCAGGAGGGCCACCUUGGUGCUCUUCCAAGGCCAGAGGCCUCUCUCCUGCAGCUCCUGCUAGCCCUGGCAACCUCCUUGCCCCCCUCGCAUAACUCGAGUGGCCCAGGAAAAUCAGCUUUUCCCACACGGCUUGUUGCUGGCCUGCACUGAGCCUGCCUCAGCAGGUGGAAACAUCUCCCCCGGCUUCUCUCCUCCGGAUGGGGAAGAAGUUCAGCUCCCCCUCCUCACCUCAAGCCUUUGAGACUUGGGUGGGGGACACACCCAGAGCCAGACCUGGAAGCAAAGGCACUUUGUCCCCGGCUGGCAGUCAGGAUCCCAGGGCACCGGAUUUCCCCCAGGGAUGCCUGGUGGCCCAGAGGUGCCCAUAAGUUGGCUGUGGGCAGAAACAGGCCUGGGUGGGCUGGAGGGGCUCGGGCACCUCCCUUCGGGAUGCUGGGCAGGUUCUGGGCCAGCAGAGAUGCUGCUUUGGGGGCAAGUCGCUUCCCCGCCACAAGCAUUCAGCCUCGCACGCUCACAGCCUGGUGUGUAGAGCUCUUUUCAGGUAAACGCCUGGAUGGUUCCUUGAGGAGACCGAAUGUUGCCCCCAAAGGGGAUGCCAGGAAUGACGUUCUCCUUGGGGAUAAGGACUUGCGAGGCAGGCAAGGGGGGGGGGGCACUGGGGAGGGGUCACGCGGGGGGGGGGGGCAAGGCCAGACCCCCGGAUCGUCAUGGAGGAAAACCCCUCCCUCUCUGUGGGUGCCCGGAGCCUAAAGCGGCUGAGUCUCCAGGCGCACAAAUCUGAACUUUUGUGAGGCUCCACUUACAACGCAACGUUUCCGGACUGGGAAAGGGCCCUGAACACGUCGACCCACACCUGGAUUUUGCUAAAUACUUGUUGGAUCCGGUCUCCUUGUUUGAGCUGAAAGGGAGUUCAAACCGGAGGAAAUGGGUGCAAAGACCCCAUGACGUGACACCAACUUCUUCAUCCCAAGAAUUGUGGGGUGAGCAUAAUUCCUGCCUUGGUGGCACCUUUGCUCCAACUCCUUCGAGCCGAGCAGGUGGGCUACAACUCUCACCUGCCUGGAUUUUUCUGCCUGGAGCCGUUUAGAGGAAAAGGGCUGGCGUUUUUUUUAUUCCUUGAAGUUCGAUUAGGAAGCGCGCACGCACACGCAUGCCCUUCCAUGAAAAGGAAUUUCCAUUCCUUCCAUCGUGACGUGGCUUCCCAGGCUCAGUGGCAGUUCAG